AUGCAUCCCAGUCGCAUUGACAUCAUGAACUACACUGUUGGUUUCUGUUCCCUUCAUUGCAGCCACCGUCUACCGAACACGGAUUCAAGAAACGAUAUACCUGUCCAACUACAGGUAUACCCAGAUGUUACCCCUGAGAAUACUCCAGAGUUUUGCACACGGUUAUAUAACCAUUUCGCUUGCAAACACUUGAGACUUGCCGGCAUCUACAAAUGUGGGAGAGGAUCCGGCGACCCGCAACACCGAUGUAUCGAGCCAAUAUGUGCCAUCGGUGCCUGUCUGGAGGUGACUGUCUGCAGAGACUGUCUACCUCCCCCUGGUUUAGUUGCUAUCCCGAGAUCGGAUUCCUGCAAUUUGCUCUCUUAUUGCGCGAAAGAAUCCCCGAGAUUGAGUACAUGCGUCCGUCCAAUGAACCACCUUCUGAAGCCCUUCCAAUCGAACAAGGGUGUAUCAUUCCGGCCUAGCCAAUCUGGAGUCCCGCCCAUGCCCUCAACUCUAACUACCACUCCUCAGCCAACGACAUGGCAAUGGACCACAUCCGAAACAUAUUGCGGAUCCCCGGCAUCAAUUGAGUGGCAGUCAGCAACAGUACCCCUCUCGAACGCUGUGAAGGGCAGCCACACUCCACCCAGCGAACACGAAAGGUCGAUGACGCAGAUGGACCAGAUGCAGCGUCUACUCGACGAGGAAUUAAUACCGUACGCAAGACAGGUGCAAGAAAUCCAACCUGCACCGACUUCACCCCCUUCGACCGAACAUUCGAAUAGGGGUAGACGGAAUGCGUCCUCACGUGCCCCGGCUCGUAGAUCCCGUGGCAGAGCAUCAGCCAGCCUUAAAAUUUUCUCGAACGCUCAGGCUGCAACGCGGCCCCCUUCUUCAAUCCUCUCCCCAAGUGCUUCUUGCAAGAGGCGGACUCGUAUUUCGACUGGCAACGCGGCUAUGCCUCAGGCUCCCGAACGACCCUCACGUACUCAACCAUCCCGUAUAUCCAAAUCGGGAGCGAUUGUCAAGCUGUCUUCUAGCAGGAAAUAG